AUCUGAUAUAAUCGAACUUCCUAGUGAUAAAUAUUAGCAGAUAGUGGUAUCUACCUUUUAACAAAAUUACAUUUAUUUAACUGAACUGUUAAAUAUUUUGUGUAUCAUACAAUUUAAGCCGUUGGAUAUAAAACUCUCAUAGUGCACCAUGAAGUUCAACAAGUUGAAGUCGUCAUCUAGACGGAAGAACAGAAAGGAGUAUUUUAAUGCUCCUUCCCAUAUUCGUCGCAAGUUCAUGGGAGCUCCCCUCUCCAAAGAGCUGCGACAAAAAUACAGCGUCCGCAGCAUGCCCAUCCGCAAAGACGAUGAAGUGCAGAUCGUACGUGGUCAUUACAAAGGCCAACAGGUUGGCAAAAUAAUCCAAGUUUACCGUAAGAAGUACGUUGUCCACAUUGAACGAAUCCAACGUGAAAAAGCAAACGGUGCAACUGUCCACGUUGGAAUUCACCCAAGCAAGGUGGUUAUUGUAAAGCUGAAGCUUGACAAAGAUCGCAAACGCAUCUUGGAGCACAAAGCAAGAUCUAAGUUGGUGGAUUUGGAGAAGGGAAAACACACCGAAGAAACCAUACAAGCCAUGGAAUCAUGAGCUUUAAAAUAAAAACACUCUGCGCUGAUUUGUA